UCAUUUACGCAGCUUCUUCUUCCUCUCCUCCGCUACAAAGGACUUCACUCUGCGAUGCGCAACACAACAGUGUCAACACGUCGACUCCGAUCUCAUGAAUGAAGCCUACCUCAUCUUAUUUUGCUAAUUCCUCUCGGUGGGUUCAUGUGCGGGGAGCGGUCAAUUGUUUUGUUCUGUUUAGGGGAUGGUGGAUCGCGCACUUCACCCAUCUGCACUGGAACAAGCGGUGGUGAAGGAGUGGAUCAUGAUACUAAUUUCGCGUGUAAGAAGUUUUGGGGUCCGUGGAGGAGUUUUCUGGAGCGGAUUUCCGAUGUUCCGUGCCCUGAUGACGUGAAGAAUGUAUUGUAGUUUGAUAUGAUUGCAGCUGCGCGGUUGCUGAGAAGUUGGGCAAGGUUUUGGUGAACAUCAAGUACAGCGGGGGAGUGGAGGCUGUGAUUUGGAAGACGAUCGAAAAAGUAGAGGAGGAUUGAUUGCGUCAUCGGAGAAAUUGGGUCAUUUUUAUGAGUUGAGAAUGAUGUUCAAUGUGGCUGGCCUAUUGGAGGUGGUGGGAUGGGCGCUGGAUGUGUUUCAAGUCUUGGGACGUAAUCCAGAAUUUUUUGAACGUAGUGAGGUCGUGGAUCUGCUCUGCUGCGUUCCUUAUCAGCUUUUGGCUAGAGCGUUCACGUCAUUACUGGGUUCUUUGAGAUUCAGGCUGGCUACCCACGUCGAAUGAUUGGUGGAUGGCCCUUUCACUUCCAUUAGGGUUUAGGGUUGCUGUAGCCCAUCAAAUUCCUACCCUUUCACUGAAGCCAUCAAUUGUCCUCACAGAACGGCGAGUUCACCUUAUUUUAUCUUCAUAUUCUUGAUUUGUUGACACUAUCGAAGCCACUGAGCAAGACAAUUGUAAGUACAGAUUGUGAUAAUCAUAUCGUUUCUUUUUGACUUCGUGUACCGAUAUUGUAUUGCACAUAGGUCUUUCCAAUAGACGAAGGUUUCUGAACACACGUCUGAUUGCAUUUUGUAAUUACAAUGCCGUAAAACACCCUGCGAUCCGAGAGUUUUUAAGUUGUCCACAUAGACGUAGUGGAGAUGGGACGUGCUGGCAAUACAUAUAGCAGUGAAAGAGGAAGGACUGGCUCAUUUUACGAUGGUUAUUGUGAGGCAUCCCUCAUAUGUCGAGGCACAGAUCACACAGGGCUCAGUCCUCGGUAUGACGUUUACGUAUUUAUGAUUCAGGAAAGUCUCUGACUUCCAAGAGGUAUGGUUCAUUUCAAGGUCCGAAAGGAUUUGUAUAGAUGGCUAAUAUCUUGGGGAGGACAAGGGCAUCACGAUUAUUUGGUAUAAUUGCCUUGUGAGGAAGGACAUAUCAGUGGUGCUGCUAGCGGAACAACAUGGGUGGUUGUAAAGAAAGUGAAUACAUGAAUCAUGAAUGGGUUUACAUGAGGCACCCAUUACCCGACCUAUAUUAUAGAUGUAGUGUAAGUUCAAUUCGGGUGGUUUCCAAGAUGCGAACAUGAAACCUCACAACAAUGCUUUGCCAAGUUUCUUCUACCAAUUGGAGACUUAUUUAUGUUAGAGAUAUCUUUGUGAUGAGGCAGUUGCUGACAUCAUUUUUAUGUUUUGUCAUUCCGUGUGACGAAGCUUGAUUCAUGAUAAUGCACGAUAAGCUCGUAUUGUUAGCAUGGCAAGGAGCGGUACAUAUACUUGAAGCAUAUAUCUUGGUGUCAAUGCCUCUAUAUGGCUUCUCCUGGAAAAAAGUACCAAGUAUACCUUAAUCUAAGACAACCAGGUUACUUUAUGGAGAGUUACAAUGUACUGUGGACUGUAUCAAAGAAGCGACCUCCAAUAUUGCUACCAGAACUAGAAAAUCCAAUUGGUAAGUGUGCCGCUGAUUAAGUGUCUGGAGACGCACAUGUUGACGACAAAACUUGUGUAUUGUUUUUCGGAAGACUGUUCGCAGUCCAGCGAUGUUUAAGCAAAAUAUUGCAUACAUCCUUUAAAUCAAGAAUGACGAAUUUAUUUAUCAGAGUUUUUUGAAGUUCCUGCUCCUCGUAAAUACUCUUGAGGGACAUGACUUCCCACAAACUCUUUUGCAUUUAUUUGACGUCUUCCAAAACAACUGUGCUGGAACUUAACCGCAAAGUUUCAGAGGUUUCGGCUGAAUCAUCUCUUUAUGAAGCAAGGAAGAUCUGGACAUUGAUAGAUUAUAAUAUCAUCAGUUCAGAUUUGAAAAUGGCGUAUUGUAUCUCCCAACCCUGGACUUCCGGUUCUGGUGGACCUCAAGCUAUCCAUCAAUUAGGUGCAGUUUAUGGAAAUUUGCGUGAGUGAUUUGUGACUAUGUCACAAUCCAUUUCUUCUAUGCUAUUGACUCCCACUAUCCACGGUGGUCGGAUGCUGUAUGUUUUCCAUCCAAAACCUUGAAGGAGAGGUGGUUAAAAUUGACGGGGACCUCUCACAAUGGUCCUUUAUUGACUCAAGGAUAUUUUGCAAACCUCUUGAGAAUGCUUUGUCUUAUGAUCGAUUACUCUUUGGAAGCGAAACGAAGGUUAUAAGUGGAGUUGAAAUCACCUGACUGUCUUCAUGUGAUGAUCAUGCAUUUGUAACUACACUAGAAUGCUUCAUUAUAGUGCAUUUGUGUGCGCGCGCUCACUUCAGGUUAUGAGGUUUAUGUGUAGUAUAGGCUGGUCAAGCACUGAGGUAUCAUCCAUAGGACACCUCUUUAGACCUCACUCAACAAAUGCGUUACUUCAACCCCGUGCAAUUCCAGUUACCGAGAAUCUUGAGAACCUCCUUAGCCUACACUACUUACAAUUCAGUGCAGGUACCAUAUAUUCGUAACUACUGCUGUGCGCCAUAGUGAUCAGAGGAGUAUCAAUUCAGCAACAGGCUUGAAGUUUUAUGUUUUGAAAGAGUUCUAAGAAACUAGCAUCCAUGAUCAUUUGUUUAAUUAGAAUCUUGCAUGGAACUUUUGAACAUGGACAGACGGGGCCUGCGUACUGUCAGUCCCUACAGCCAGUAGCUUUUGGCGUUGCAACACUCUCUUGCUUUUCAGCUGAAAUUCACCCUUGAUCUCAAGGUUUCUAUAUGUUGCAACAAUAUACUGUCAUGUUAAUUUGUAAUGGCGCUGCUUGGACGCCCAUGUUUGCCGAAUUCGUACUGAUACAGUGCACCGUUCACUCACUGGCCCCUGGUAAUAACGGUACGCUUUGACACUGCGAGCAGUUUCACUUGCCCGAAUCAAAUAUGUCAGUUAAUGCCGCUUCAGCCUCAAUCCUUUGAGGAAAGGAGGGCAAAACCCUGUGUACAGCAAUAACGAGGCGGCGAGUUAGUUGAUAUGGCAGACUGUAAAGAUUGGCAAUUGCCCUUUUGAAAUAUGAAUCUCAUUAUUUGAGGGGUUGGUACAGUCCAGCACGCGGCCGUGCCUUGACUGAGCAUGGGACUUUUGGACUCCUUCUGGAAGUUACAAAUAGGCCAUUGUAGGCUGUGCAUGGCCCUCUAGGGAUCGUAAUUCCUCUUGAAGUAUACGCAUAUGUCCUCUGAUCCAAAUCACUGUCAGAUUCAAGUGGUCGAGCACGAGUACAGAUCCCUUCAGUACAAGAAUUCUAGUCCAGAUAGUCAAAGGUCUUCAUGAAGAUCGUAAAUGAGCAGUCAAUAGUAGAAUCAGAGAGCCUGCCUACAGUAUUCUCGACUGCUACAUACACUCGUGAGAAUACUUUAUUUUAUUCUCGUCAUCUCUGUUCAACUACACUUCUUAAAUGACUUGGUUUAACGAUUUCGAGCUGUACAAGCGUGUCAUGAGUGGUAACAAUGGAUGUCAUGUAGCAACUAAGUACCGCCUGCACUUGAUGCUGCCAUUGGAGUAAGGGCAGGGUGUGUCAAUAUCGACCCAAGCAUACACGAAGACUUCGAAUAGUUUUGAGGUUGACAUGUACCGAUGGUUACCUUGAAAAAGGUCUGUGCGUGACGAUCGAUCGGAGUCGCACUGCAGUAUGAAACUAGCACGUUAUUGCAGAAUCACAACUCGGUCAACUUGUUUUACUUUCAUGAAUGUAUCGCUGUUGGCCAAUUCACUCCUCUACUAGUCAGCAAGAUCAAAAUCUAGUGCAUGGCUAAGAGCUCAAGUGCACACUGAGGAAUUCAAACAUUCCUUGAUGCAAGUAUUUUUUUCUGCAGCAUUGUACAAGGGGAGGUUAUAAACAUGCGGGAAUUGGGUGUUAAGGUGGAUGUCAGAAACUGCCUUGCCGAGAAGGAACCGGCUAAAGCUCUCGAUGUUCAUGGAAAGGACUCGCAUUAAUAUUUUUGUGGGUGAAUUCAUGGAGGGGGGCGGGCAGGUCAGGAAUUUCUCGAUCUGCACAAGCGAGAAGAACCUUCCUCAGUCCUUUUAGCUGCAACAGAUCUGAUGACAUGCAGUGUGCAGGCUAACAAGCAGCGGAGAAGAUCAGUGGAAGUGCUUCCAGGGGUUGGGGGCGAUUCCUCAAAAGCAGCAUUGGGAUUGAGUGAUCGCAGUACUGCGUAGCGAGGGGAUGGUGGUUGGGCGAAGGCCAUCUCGUACACAUGGCUAUGGUUUCUAGGAAUUGCACUUCUAGGCACCUUGCCGCUCUGUAAACGCUGCAGGUGUUGACGACGUACCGCCAGAACCUCUCCCCAACUUGGCUCGCUAUCCAGCGAGCAACUGCGGCAUUAAAACACUAUUUAUGCCAUCCCGGUGGUGUUUCUAUCACCUGGUAAGGCAGAUCAAUGUUGCUAGGAGAAUGCUGAGCGGCUCUGCUGCGAUCUGCGGCGCGAUACAGUGACCUUCGAGUUUUUGCUGCAUUGGUGUGUUAGUUGGGGGAAUAUCAUGGCAUCCAUGUGCCCGUCUGCGGAAUGGAUACCCCAUAGCUCUGGACAGGUGCAGCGACUGCCAAGUCACGAAGCAGAGAGGUUUGUGGAGCCAAGCAAGCUCUCCACCGCAACCACCUACAUUGCCACAGCAGAUGGCUCCUUGGAUUUUAGAGGAAGACCCGCCAGCAGGGUCACAACAGGAGGAUGGAAGACCUCUCCGGCUCUGUUCGGAGCUGCAAUGUUUGAGGCGGUAGUGAACUUGAGCAUCGCAUUCAACUUGAACCUAUACUUGUUGGGUCCUAUGCAUCUGCACCCAAUCCAUGCCGCCACAGCGUUGUCCAACUACUGGGGCGCUUCGUAUCUUACGUCGCUGCUCGGCGGUUUUAUGUCCAGUGCAUUCCUCGGAAAUUACUGGACCAUCAUCGUCGCCAUGCUCAUCGAGCUUGUGGGAGUUGCAUUGUUAAUCAUAUCAUCUGCAAUCGCACCGCUCAUGCCCGAAUGCGUCAAGAACAAGCUCAGUCGGGGACCAUGCUUGCCCGCAAAUGCAACCCAGUAUGGAGUGUGUAUGUUCUCUGUGUACCUGAUUGCAGUGGGUGCGGGCUGCAUCCGGCCAUGUCUGUCAGCCUUCGGAGGAGAUCAAUUCGACCAGGAAGAUGCGGCGGAGAGAGAAAAGACGCCGAGAUUCUUUAACUGGCUGGUAGUGUCGAUGACUUGCGGCGGAGUCCUCGCAACAACCCUCGUAGUGCACCUCGGAGAGAAUGUGUCGUGGACGUGGUCCUUCAUUUCGAUCGGCUUGGCCAUGAUGAUGGCCACAUUGUUCUUUCUAGCGGGCACUGGUCGGUACCGACACCAGAAAGCAGCAGGAAGUCCAUUGACGCGCAUCUUCCAAGUGUUUGUAGCGGCCUUUAGGAACGGGAGAGUCACAUUGCCGACAGAUGCCUCCGAGUUGCACGAAAUCAAUGACGCGGAGUCAAUGUUGCCAGAGGUGCAAGAUGGCAAACCCUACUACUUGCUGCGCCACACAAAGGGCAUGCGGUUUUUCGACAGAGCUGCUGUUGCGGAUGCCUCUGGCGCCAAUCUCGCAGCUAAAGCAAGUCCAUGGCGACUCUGCACCGUGACCCAGGUGGAGGAAGUGAAGGGCCUCCUCCGUUGCAUGCCUGUGGCAAUGGGUCCCAUGCUGCUGUACAUGGUGCUAGCACAGGUUCAAACGUGGACGACGCAACAAGGGUACUCCAUGGACAGACGCAUUGGAACGCACUAUCUCAUUCCCCCUGCUACGCUAACCGCCAUCGCCAUUGGCGUCGUGAUCUUGGAGAUCGUAGCUUACGAUUACCUCCUUGUGGGUGUGCUGCGCCGCUACACAGGGUGUCCGCAAGGGUUGUCUCACUGCCAGCGCAUUGGAGUUGGCCUUGCGAUGUCAGUCGUGGGACUCGCGUACGCCGCGCUGCUGGAAUCCAUCCGUCUCGACGUCGCAAGGUCGCACUAUCUCGUAAACCACGACUCUUCCUCAGCUGCCAUCGUCCCCUUGAGCGUCUUCUGGCAGCUACCCAUCUUGGUGAUCAUGGGCACCGCCAUCUUCUUCGCCCACGCGGGGCUGUUCGAGUUUUUCUACUACGAGUCACCCGUCCGCAUGCGCAGCCUGGGCACCGCCCUCUCCAUGCUCCCUAUCGCCGGCGGGCUCUUCCAGAACGGCGGCUUCAUGGUGGGUGUCAACGCCCUCACGAAGAAGCUCGCAGGCAAAGGCUGGCUCGAAUCCUCCAACCUCAACCUCAACCAUCUCAAUUACUUCUACUUGCUCAUGGCUGCCAUGAGCCUCGUCAACUUCGUCAUUCACUUGAUCACCACUCACUUCUACCAACACAAACAGUACAUCAACAUCGCCACCAUCCACACAAAGUUGUCGCAGCAUCGCGUGAGCCAGGAUCCCUCGCAAACACACGCAAACCCCUCGCAAUCUUCUUCGUUGCCAGCCGAAGUCAGGUUGCAAGCAUCGUUGCAGCUCUGAAAUUCAUGCUUCAACCAAUUGUGACACACGAUUUUUUGAGAGUUUUUGCGGAGAUCUAUCUGUGCUGCUUAAUUCGCUGCCUCAGCUCUUCAGAACCAACGCCGCUCUUUCCCAUGCCCACCCAUUUGAUGUGCACUGCAGCCCGGGGCUUACGCUUGUUUGUCUGUAUAUACCUUCAACCGAACCUUCCACAGCAAUAAAAAAAAUUUAAUAUUAAUAAAAGAGAGUAAAUUUCCCAUCUCAAAUCA